CCGGAUUUCAGAGUCAAUUCAGAAAAAGACGACGGAAGAACAACUUUGAGAAUUCCGAGUCAGCCAAAGGCAAUCGUCAUUUGAAACGAUUUCUGUGCUGGUCAAGUUUACCGUAGGAUUGCUACAGCGAUGAUGUAUUCAGGCUUAGGCACGGAGUGUGACUCCUCUUCCCGCUGCAGCACCGCUUCCCCGGCCGGCGACAACCACUCUUACUACCCAUCUCCAGCAGCCUCUUAUUCCAGUGUGGGCUCGCCUGUCAGUCAGUCUAUGGACUUCACUGAUCUUUCCGUUGCAAGUGCCUCUUUUGUUCCAACUGUCACUGCCAUCUCUACAACUCCAGACCUUCAGUGGAUGGUCCAGCCGACGGUCUCCUCUGUAGCACCUUCUCAGAAUCUAGUCCACCCAUACAAUGUUCAGCAUACCAACUCUGACUAUACCAGGUUGGGGAUGAUCAAGACUGCUGGAAUCAAAAGACCCAAUGGCAGGAGAGCCAAAAUGGAACAGUUGUCUCUUGAGGAGGAAGAGAAGAAAAAGAUCCGCAGAGAAAGGAAUAAGAUGGCCGCUGCAAAAUGCCGCAAUCGAAGAAGAGAACUCACUGAUACUCUACAAGCUGAAACUGAUAUUUUAGAAGAUGAGAAGUCUUCUCUGCAAAAUGAGAUUGCCAGUUUGAUGAAAGAGAAGGAAAAGCUGGAAUUCAUCCUUGCAGCACACAAACCUGUGUGCAAGAUUCCUGCAGAUUUUGACACUGGCUUCCUCGAGGCCUCCAUCUCCUCUGUGCACGGUCUAGCGGAUGACCUGACCUCCCAGACCCGGAGUACAAUCUCAGGGAACACCAUCCGGAAGGGAACUGAGACCAUCUCUCCUAAAUCUUCCCUCUUCAGCUCCAGCUCUGCCACUGAGGCUAGUACAUUGACGACUGGCAUAACAGACCUAGAGCGUUCCUUGGAGGAGUCUCUGGACCUCUUGGAAUCAUUGCAGAAGUCAUCAUCAGAUGCUGCCCAAUCUGUUCCUGACACUGACCUGUCCAGCUCUUUCAAUGCGCCAGACUGGGAAGCCCUUUGCAUGCCGUCCAUGACUGACAUUGAGCCUCUGUGCACACCAGUGGUGACUUGCACCCCUUCUUAUACAUACACAUCUUCAUUUGUCUUUACUUACCCAGAGGACAAUAUGCUUGCCACUUGUGGAGUAGCCCACAGAAGAGGAAGUAACAGCAAUGACCAGUCUUCAGACUCCCUCAGUUCUCCCACCCUGCUUGCCCUGUGAAGCUCAAAUGAGCUUCCAGGUUCUUUAAUUCAGUAUAUUUAAGGACAUACAGAUCACAGGGCUAUGACAUGGACUCAUCGGGAGGAUGUUUAAAAAAACAAAAAAAAACUUAAAUAUCAAUUAUACUUACUGCUUUCAAAUAUGUGACAAGAGCAUGUAUAAAAUACCAUCAUGUAUUCUGACUGCUGUUGUCUAAAGCAUGUCGCAUUAUACCAUGCUAAAUCCAUUUAUUAGGUCUUCUACAAAUUCUUUUUUCCAUUAUUGGUGCUAGGUUGUACAGUUAUAUUAGUUUGCUACAGUUUACGAAAUGUGCUCAAAGCAAUGGUGAUGCAUCAGGAAAGAAAGUUAUUUUUGUAAUUAAAGUCCUGAAGUUCCCUCUAGGAAAGAUUUCUAUACUAUUUGAAAAUUAAAAUUGUAGUUUUCUGGUUAAUUAAAUUGUUUACUGUUUAAUAAUACGUGUUGCGCCUUACCAUAGUCUGAGUGGUCUAAAUACUUCUGAGAGUUUUCUGUGAAAACGCAUGUAUCAUGUAUGAUUGUAUGAUGUAUUUCAAUUAUAGGCUAAUAUUUUACGGAGUAUAGGCUACGCCUAAUUCUGAUUGUUGUCACGAGCAAAAUAUUGUUUUGUCAGUAACCGACAAUAAACAUUUGAAUGCA